AUGCCAGGACGAGGUGGAGGGAUACCUGGAGGUGCAGGGGGAGGUAGCCUUGGUGGAGGUCCCCGAGGAGGAGGGCCAGGAGGCAGACCUGGAGGUGGACCUGGGGGAGGGCCAGGGGGUCGGCCUGGUGGUGGUCCUGGAGGUAAAAGUCGGGGUAAAGGCCCUCGGAGUCCUGGCAUUCCAGGUGGUCUCAGGAAUGGAGGUGCUCCUGGAGGUGGUCCAGAAGGAAGGCCUGUAGGUGGUCCAGGAGGCCGUAAAGGUGGAGCAGGUGGUGGUCCAAGAGGAGGUGGUCCAGGCGAGAAGCAGAAGCAGAAGCAGAAGCAGAAGAAAACUUGGGCUAAGGAAGAAGUUGUGCUUCAGCAAAGGCCUGACAAAGGGGAGCUCUGGAGCAAGGAUUACUUGUCAGAGGUGUCCUAUGUCGGAUUGAAAUGCCUAGGCCUUUAUACCCUACUAACCGGAUCUUCUGGGUUUGUAACAGAUGGACCUGGAAAUUACAAAUAUAAAACGAAGUGCACAUGGCUCAUUGAAGGACAGCCAAAUAGAAUAAUGAGACUUCGUUUCAAUCAUUUUGCUACAGAGUGUAGUUGGGACCAUUUAUAUGUUUAUGAUGGGGACUCAAUUUAUGCACCACUAAUUGCUGCCUUUAGUGGCCUCAUCGUUCCUGAGAGAGAUGGCAAUGAGACCGUCCCUGAAGUUGUUGCCACAUCAGGUUAUGCCCUGCUGCAUUUUUUUAGCGAUGCUGCUUAUAAUUUGACUGGAUUUAAUAUCACUUACAAUUUUGACAUGUGCCCGAAUAAUUGCUCAGGCCGAGGAGAAUGUAAGAUCAGUAAUAACAGCAACACAGUUGAGUGUGAAUGUUCUGAAAACUGGAAAGGUGAAGCGUGUGACAUUCCUCACUGUACAGAUAACUGUGGUUUUCCCCAUCGAGGCAUUUGCAAUUCAAGUGAUGUCAGAGGAUGCUCCUGCUUCUCAGAGUGGCAGGGUCCUGGAUGUUCAAUUCCCGUACCAGCUAACCAGUCUUUUUGGACUCGAGAGGAAUACACUAACAUCAAGCUUCCCAGAGCUUCUCAUAAAGCUGUGGUCAGUGGAAAUAUAAUGUGGGUUGUUGGAGGAUAUAUGUUCAACCACUCAGAUUACAACAUGGUUCUAGCGUAUGAUCUUGCUUCUAGGGAGUGGCUUACACUAAACCAUUCUGUGAACAGUGUGGUUGUUAGAUAUGGUCAUUCUUUGGCAUUAUACAAGGAUAAAAUUUAUAUGUAUGGAGGAAAAAUUGAUUCAACAGGGAAUGUGACAAAUGAGUUGAGAGUGUUUCAUAUUCAUAAUGAAUCAUGGGUAUUGUUGACCCCUAAAGCGAAGGAGCAGUAUGCAGUGGUUGGGCAUUCGGCACACAUUGUUACACUGUCAAGUGACCGAGUGGUCAUGCUGGUCAUCUUUGGUCACUGCCCUCUCUAUGGAUAUAUAAGCAGUGUGCAGGAAUACGACUUGGAUAAGAAUACAUGGAGUAUAUUACACACCCAGGGUGCCCUUGUGCAAGGGGGCUAUGGCCACAGCAGUGUGUAUGACCACAGGACCAGGGCCCUGUAUGUUCAUGGUGGCUACAAGGCUUUCAGUGCCAAUAAAUACCGACUUGCAGAUGAUCUCUACAGAUAUGAUGUGGAUACCCAGAUGUGGACCAUUCUUAAGGACAGCCAAUUUUUCCGUUACUUGCACACAGCUGUGGUAGUGAAUGGAAACAUGCUGGUGUUUGGAGGAAACACACAUAAUGACACAUCCAUGAGCCAUGGUGCCAAAUGCUUCUCUUCAGAUUUCAUGGCUUAUGACAUUGCUUGUGACCGCUGGUCAGUGCUUCCCAGACCUGAUCUCCACCAUGAUGUCAACAGAUUUGGCCAUUCAGCAGUCUUACACAACAGCACCAUGUAUGUGUUUGGUGGUUUCAACAGUCUCCUCCUCAGUGACAUCCUGGUAUUCACCUCAGAGCUAUGUGAAGCGCACCAGAGUGAAGCUGCUUGUUUAGCAGCAGGACCUGGUGUCCGAUGUAUGUGGGAUACAGGGUCAUCUCAGUGUAUCUCUUGGGAGUCGGCAGCUGAUAUACAAGAGGAAAAAUUAAAAUCAGAAUGUUUUUCCAAAAGAACUCUUGACCAUGACAGAUGUGACCAGCACACAGAUUGUUACAGCUGCACAGCCAACACCAAUGACUGCCACUGGUGCAAUGACCACUGUGUCCCUAGGAACCACAACUGCACGGAAGGCCAGAUCUCCAUUUCCAGUUAUGAGAAUUGCCCCAAAGAUAACCCCAUGUACUACUGUAACAAGAAGACCAGCUGCAGGAGCUGUGCUCUAGACCAGAACUGCCAGUGGGAGCCCCGGAAUCAGGAGUGCAUCGCCCUGCCUGAAAAUAUCUGUGGCAUUGGCUGGCAUUUGGUUGGAAACUCGUGUUUGAAAAUUACUGUUGCCAAGGAGAAUUAUGACAAUGCUAAAUUGUCCUGUAGGAACCACAAUGCCUUUUUGGCCUCUCUUACAACCCAGAAGAAGGUAGAAUUUGUCCUUAAACAGCUGCGAAUAAUGCAGUCAUCACAGAGCAUGUCCAAGCUCACCUUAACCCCAUGGGUUGGCCUUCGGAAGAUUAAUGUGUCCUAUUGGUGCUGGGAAGAUAUGUCCCCAUUUACAAAUAGUUUACUGCAGUGGAUGCCAUCUGAGCCCAGUGAUGCUGGAUUCUGUGGAAUCUUGUCAGAACCCAGUACUCGGGGUUUGAAGGCUGCAACCUGCAUCAACCCACUCAAUGGUAGCGUCUGUGAAAGGCCUGCGAACCACAGUGCCAAGCAGUGCCGGACGCCGUGUGCCUUGAGGACAGCAUGUGGAGAGUGCACCAGUGGCAGCUCCGAGUGCAUGUGGUGCAGCAACAUGAAGCAGUGUGUGGACUCCAAUGCCUAUGUGGCCUCUUUCCCUUUCGGCCAGUGUAUGGAGUGGUAUACAAUGAGCAGCUGCCCCCCUGAGAAUUGUUCAGGCUACUGUACCUGUAGUCAUUGCUUGGAGCAACCAGGCUGUGGCUGGUGUACUGAUCCCAGCAAUACUGGCAAAGGAAAAUGCAUAGAGGGCUCCUAUAAAGGACCAGUGAAGAUGCCUUCACAGGCCUCUACAGGAAAUUUCUAUCCGCAGCCUCUUCUCAAUUCCAGCAUGUGUCUGGAGGACAGCAGAUACAACUGGUCUUUCAUUCAAUGUCCAGCUUGCCAGUGCAAUGGCCACAGCAAAUGCAUCAAUCAGAGUAUCUGUGAGAAGUGUGAGAACCUGACCACAGGCAAGCACUGCGAGACCUGCAUAUCCGGCUUCUAUGGUGAUCCCACCAACGGAGGGAAAUGUCAGCCAUGCAAGUGCAAUGGGCAUGCAUCGCUGUGCAACACCAACACGGGCAAGUGCUUCUGCACCACCAAGGGUGUCAAGGGGGACGAGUGCCAGCUAUGUGAGGUAGAAAAUCGAUACCAGGGAAACCCUCUCAAAGGGACAUGUUAUUAUACUCUUCUUAUUGACUACCAGUUCACUUUUAGCUUAUCCCAAGAAGAUGACCGCUAUUACACAGCCAUCAAUUUUGUGGCUACUCCUGAUGAACAAAACAGGGAUUUGGAUAUGUUCAUUAAUGCCUCCAAAAACUUCAACCUCAACAUCACUUGGGCUGCCAGCUUCUCAGCUGGAACCCAGGCUGGAGAAGAGAUGCCUGUUGUUUCAAAAACCAACAUUAAGGAAUACAAAGAUAGCUUCUCUAAUGAGAAGUUUGAUUUUCGCAACCACCCAAAUAUCACUUUCUUUGUUUAUGUCAGUAAUUUCACCUGGCCCAUCAAAAUUCAGAUUGCCUUCUCCCAGCACAGCAAUUUUAUGGACCUGGUACAGUUCUUCGUGACUUUUUUCAGGUAAUUUCACUUAUACAAACUAUAUCAGUCUUUUUGAUUCAAGCACUUAAUUCCAUUAAUUGAGUAUCAGCUCAUAAAAGAUAAAAGA